AUGUAGUGCUCCCGGAGCUCCACCAUGGAGGAACUCCAGAGGAAACUGAACCAGCGCUAUGAAGGCACCAAGCCCAGAAAGGUGAGGUUCAAGCUGGCGUCGUCCUACAGUGGCCGCGUGCUGAAGCAUGUGUACGAGGACGGCCAGGAGCUGGACAGUCCGGAGGAGAAAUACCCGCACAGCUUCGUCCACAGGAAGAUCCCCAGCCACCUGGAGAUGGAGCAGCUCUGUGGGUUCCAGGACGUUCAGGGGGAGCAGAAGGGGGACUAUCCUCCAACCGGGCUCAUCGCCCAGAGGAUCAACGUGUACAGAGGAGUGGGAGGCUACAAGCCGACCGUCGGCCUGACGGAGGAAGCGGAGGGAGAUGCAAAAUCCAAAGUGUUGGACUUUGGCAAGAUCAUCAUCUACACCAGCAACCUGCGCAUCAUCAGAGCGCCACCGAGGGCCCCUGAAGCAGUGCGGCAGCAGAUAGAGCCCCGUGUGGACAUGGAGGGACACCCUAAGGCCAGGGAGAGGGCGAGCAGGAGGAGAGCCAAAGCUCCUCGUGCGCAGGACGGGGGGGAGACGGAGCAGAGACAGAUCAGCAACACGGAGACCAAGGAGGCUGACAGCUGCCAGCAUUGUGGCGGCUCGGGCUGCGCUCCCUGCUCCCUGUGUCACGGCAGCAAGCUGUCUAUGCUGGCGAACCGCUUCAAUGAGUCCAUCAGUGAUCUGCGGUGCCAAGCCUGCUACCCCCAUGGUCUGGAGAGGUGCCAGUCCUGCUCCGGCAAAUAG